CUCUGGUUGGACUGACUAUUUCCGUUAUCUCCAAGCUACAUCAAUACCGGCCACUUGUUAGCGGCCAUCUUGUGAGUUCUCCAACCCUUUUGUUCGAACUGGGCCCACUCUGGAACCACAUAUCUGGGUGCCAGAUAAGCUAACCCAGUACGAUAAGACCAUGGAGAACGGCAGUCGAGAAUGGCCUGGAAAUAGUAAUGCAUCGGUUCAGAUUGAGCUACUGGCAUGUGUCACAAUGAGGAGCCACAUCUCGAGGAUUUUCCUGUAUACCUUCCUCUCAGUUGGCAUAGUCUGCACUGUUGUGGGGAACGUUUUGGUUGUCUUAUCCAUCUCCUACUUUAAGCAGCUACAGUCUCCUACAAAUUCUUUUGUUUUGUCCCUUGCAGUGGCUGACUGCCUUGUUGGACUGCUGGUGAUGCCUUUUAGUAUGAUACGGACUGUGGAGGGAUGUUGGUAUUUUGGUUCCUUAUUUUGCAAGUUUCACUCCAGCCUAGAUGUCAUGCUGUGUACUGCCUCUAUAUUCCACCUCAGCUGCAUUGCCUUUGACCGUUACUAUGCGGUGUGCAACCCCCUGGUUUACUCCUUAAAGAUGUCCAAUAGUAAUGUAGCUAUGCUCAUUGCCAUUUGUUGGACUGUUCCAAUGCUCAUUUCAUUUGGCCCCAUAAUGUUAGACCUUCACAUUGCUAAUGUAGACAUCUUAAUUCCUUCAGAUUUGUGUGUGUUCUUGGUCAGCCGUGUUUAUGCCGUCAUGGCCUCUUUGGUAGCCUUUUACCUCCCUAUGGCUGUCAUGCUUGUGGCAUACUGGAAGAUCUACAAAGCUGCAAAGCGACAGUCUAAGCAGAUCAGUGCCAUGGAAAGCCAAAUGGCUGCUGGAGUGGGCAAAGAUUCAAGCAAGAAAAAAAGACACCGCAACACUAUGAAGAGAGAAGGAAAGGCUGCAAAAACUCUAGGUAUUAUCAUGGGAGUUUUCCUUAUCUUCUGGAUGCCUUUCUUUACUGUCAACAUUGUUGAUCCAUUCAUUGAAUACAGCACAGAAGUUGUUGUAUGGGAUGUUUUUCUCUGGUUGGGAUACAUCAACUCAUCAUUAAAUCCCUUCCUGUAUGGAUUUUUCAAUCACUGCUUUCGUAGGGCUUUCAUCAUGUUUAUAAGCUGCAGAGUGUGCCUCCCUGGAAUAUCGCCCGGGAUGGAGCUAUCACAUUCUAAGAAAGAGAAAAACUAAUGUACAGAUAAGUUCUUAAAAUGACGUUUCCUAAAACUAUAAAAACCUAAAGUAGGUGCUAGAGUUGUUAGUAAAAAUAAAAAGUGUGAUUAUAAAGUACAACUCAACUACUCUAGCCAGACUUAGUUUUUAAUAAAUUUGCAGUAUGUUAACCUUUAAAUUUAGUGCUACACUGAUUUUGAUACCAACAAGUUAGAACUAACAGUAACAUUCCUCUCAAAACAUGCAGUUUCUAGCUUUACCUGCUUUGAAGUUUUCCCUCUGCGUAUUGUAAGUGAUAUGCCAUGGAACCAUCUAUUUCAUAUGUAUAUAGAAACACAUUUAUUUGCUAAAGUCGUUCACAUAAAAGAAAAUUAAGUUUAUGGAAGAGGGAAAACCACAAAAAAUGUUAAAUAUUCAAACAGCAACAUAUUUAAAAAGUGUAAUAUAGUAAUACAUCUUUGCAAACCACACGUUUGUUUUGUUUCAGCAGAAUUGUCAAUAAUCCCUUUGGUUCCUGCUGUCAGAGAAACUUGUAUUUGUCAACUUUAAAGAUGUGAAUGCAAUCAUGAAGGUAAAAAGUGUAUGUCAAACGUGUUUAUUUAUUUGAUGAUCACUUAUCUUAAAUGUAUUAACUUUGAUAAGACAAGCAUACUUUUGAAAACACAAAAUGUUGAACACAGAAAGCAUGGGAUGCAAAAAUAUAAACUUAAUCUCUAAGAAAAGGACAUGCUCUGCUCUAACUACAUGGUCUUAAUGUACACUUGUUUUUUAUGUACUUCAUAUGAAUUAGUUUAUGUUAUGUUAUCUGAUUAUUGGGGUGUUAUUGUCAAUCUGCAUUAGUAUUAGUUUUUAUUUUUAAAAACAAUUUUAUUCUUUUAAUCAUUGUGUAUGGACAUUUUAGACAGAUUCUUACCUUAAUGUAUCGUAGUUAUAAACCUUGUAAAGAUAAAUUUGCCAUAUUAAAUAAGAAUUGUUAACUACAAACAAAUGGAACAAGUGUUGAUGUAGUUUAUCUGGUUAUUAUUCUGGUAAAGGCCUGUUACCAAAAUGACAUUAAAAGUUGACAUAAAGUGUGUUACUCCUUUUUUUUUUUGUUUAUAAAUUUUUUAUUUCACUUUAAGAAGAUUUCUUGGUGUCUGUGUUUUUAUUUAAAUAAUUCAACAAAGCCCCUUAAUCUGUUUUUUUGUUGUGCUUUUUGUUUUCUUAGGCCUACUAACCUAUUUUGUAGCCAUAUACCUGAUAAAUUUCUACAAGGAAAACAGUUCAACAAUUUUCAUCUCUCCGACAACUUU